UGCGAUAAUUCUUGAGUCACUUGGCUGCGGGUGGGGUUGCCAGCUGAAGAAGUCUGCAUGCAGAUAAGGAUGCCAGACGCAAAAAAACGAACAGCCACAUAUCGUCGGAAUUACAAUUAUUAUUAUUGUUGUUUAACAACAACGUCGACGAAUGUGUGAGUGUGUACUUUAGCCAACUAAAUGGCCAAACUAGCGCAAUACAAAUUGCCAACGAGUUCUUUUCAAAUGCUCUGCCAUAACGGUAGUUAAUAGCUGUUCGACUCUUCAAUUACACACAAAGUUACGUGAACAACAACAGCAGCAACAACAAGAGAAGAGCAGAAGACACCCAUUUGUAACGUGUAUACAUAUAUAUGUAUAUGUGCACACAUACAAACAGCAUCAUAACAAAGUGAGAUGACAUCUAACGGCUACAAUAAUAAUAAAAACAACAACAACAGCAUCACAACCACCAAUCAGCUGCAAUGAAUGUGAAGAAAAGGCCACGUCUGGAGCUAGCCACAGCGGCAACAGCAACAGCCGCAGCCGCAGCAGCCGACGUUGCAUAUGCCACAUACAGUAACGGGAAUGGUAGCACAACAACAAAUGGCAUAUUUCUAGCUAGCAGCGUGGAUGUGAAUAACGGUGCACAAAUCUAUUUGACCAUAUGCGGGGAUGAUGACAAUUCGAAUGAAUCUCAAGAGUUUUAUGCCAUCGAGAGCAUUAAACAGGAGCCAGAUUUGGAUGCACUGCAUGCGCUGUUGCCGACGAAUCUGCAGCUCCCAACGGGUUGUGAAAUAUAUUUAGUUAAAGACACCCCCACCACCACCACCACUACCACAAAUCCCAAAGCGAAUGAGCCAUUGCUGCAGAAGCAACACCAACGCCAACACCAACAGCAACAGCUACAACAUGCACAACCAAUGGCUUCCAUUAAACUGGAGCCGGACUCCAUUGCCACACCGUCCACGAACGUGCUGUACGUUAGUGGCAGCGGUGCAACGACGACCACGCACAACAUCGUUGUUGCUGCCAGCAAAGAUUCGCCAAGUAGCGGCAGCGGCAGCGGCACCGGCAGCAGCAGCAGCUCCUCUUUACCAGUGAUUAGCCACACAACACCCACAGCUCCAGCUGUAGUGUCUGCCGGCUAUAAUGUCAAGAUGGAUGCGUUCAAGAAGCGGGACGACAAGCGGCGUGCCACACACAAUGAGGUGGAGCGUCGACGUCGCGAUAAAAUCAAUUGCUGGAUCUUCAAGCUGAAGGAGAUGCUGCCCACUGAGGGCAAUCGCUACAAGCCGAUGACUGAGACGUUGGACAGCAAAGCGGCAAGCAUUCGCAAUUGCCAGCAGAAUGGACGCACACCACCCAACGAUUCCAAAUCUCAAAUACUAAUCAAGGCCUGUGACUACAUCAAGAGUAUGCAAAAUGAAAUCGACAGCCUGCGCGACUGUCUGCAAGAGGCGGAACAUUUGCGUUUAAGCAAUCAGGCGUUGCGUGAUGAAUUGGAAACUUUGAAACAGCAACAGGAGCUGCAGGAGCGUUUCAAUACCGCUGGCGGCUCAUUCAACGUAACGCUAAAUUCCCUCAAUAGCUCAGCUACUAGUGACCUCUUCGAUAAUAUGGAUGGGGCGGCCAAUCUCUCAACAGUAUCAUCGAUUAACUUUACCAAACGGGGCCUCAUGAUCAGCGACUACGAUGAGUAAAACCGAAAUCCCAAAAACUUACAACCAAAGAACAGAUAAUAGCAAAUUUAUAUACAUAUAGACAGACAGACAGACAUAUAUACAUAUAUAUAUAUAUAUAGUUAAAUCAUUUUAUGUGCCAGAACUUGUUAAGCAGAUUAAGAAGA